AUGCUUCAAAGAGCUCGUGAGUCUCAUACGAAUGUCGACUUUGAAGCACUUUCAACCGGUCCAGAGAAGGGUGGACCAUGGCAACGCGUGGAAACAACCGGUGAAUUCAUCGUGUUUAAACGUCCACCGUCGGCAAAUACCAAAGACAACCGGCUACCAGGACUAGAGGUCAUGUGUGCCGGACAGCUCGAUGCUAGUGCUGAGGAAGUGGCAAGUGUGUUCCGCUCAAACUCCGACGACGACCACGCCAACACUAUGGAGGGGCUUUACAGCAAGACCUUCAUCUUCGGAUCCCUCGAUCGUGAGGUACCGUGCUCGGAAAAAUCUCAAAAUCAAGACGAUGACUCGAACGCUAGCUCGAACGAACAACUCAAUGUCAAGACCACCAGUUUCUUACGCUCGACACUCUUCGGUCGCAACGAACAAUGGUGCUUCUCGGAUUAUUUCCUACGACUAGAGGAGAGCGAUGGCUUUAGGAUAACCCAAUGCGCUUUGCCUCCUUUUGAGCCUACUCCCGGUCGAGUGGUAGGAGAGAACGCACGUGUUGAUCAACUACACGGUUUGAAUGCGUCAUAUGUGGUUGACCAGCUACCGGACGAUAAAGGGCUUCGAGUCGUUUACAACGCCUGGUUUGAAGAUCUCGUGAAGGACAUUGAGGCUACCACCUCCAGUAGUGACGCGAGUUUAUCUAGUCGAAGCGCUGGAUUGAGCGUGACGCCUUCUGUAAGCUCCAAGACUUUUUUAUCCGUCUCAAGCGGUAGCAACCGGAGCUUACCAAACCAAAGCAGUGAUCGACGACGAAGCUCCGGUUUGGUCGUAGCCUCAAACUCGAGCUUCAUUGGCCUGAACGAAGCUGCUGAUCGUAAAGCUCAGCUCCGUCGAUUAUUGUCGCUAGCUCACGGUAUGACGAAGCUUCCUAAUCUCAUUAGUCGCCGUCGAUUUGGGAUCCAAGUACCUGCCGAUCUUGACGCAAUUCAAGUGGAAAACACGCGCUGUCCGUGCUGUACACACAGUUUAACACCGAUUAAGAUGUCUUUCUCAAUGGCAGCUUCGGCCUUCUCGAACCGGAGUCUGCGGUCACUUAAAUCGGACACAAGACGGUGCUAUCUUUGUGGAUAUCUCGUGUGUAUGGACUGCUGGAGUGCCGAGUCCAUAGAGAGCACAGUCGGACGUGUGGCGGCCAUUGUGGUGUGCACACGCUGCCACGCGAGUGUCAGGGCUUGCGAUUACUCCGAAGUGUAUGCUCCUGGUCAGGAAGAGUGUCGAGGCCCGGUAAAAGUUGUCGUAGACCACAACACUAACGCUCUAGCUCCUUUAUUGACCGAGUUCCUUUCCACUUCAUUGAUGAACACAACCAGUAGCACGGACCGUGCAGCUGUGCUAUCCGUCGUACGUUCACUUCUCCAACAAAGUGAACAAUCGCAAGAAGAAGGUGAUGAUAGUGACAGCUUUGAUGAAGGUUUCGACGACCUGCACAGCGACAAUGUUUCUGUUGUGGAGCUUGGGAGAUAUCUAAGUGAUGACAACCAACUACCAGAGCUUGAAUCUUGUACAUUCGCCAACUCGCAGAAACGUGGAUACCCUAUUGCCCAUCCGGAUGACCCGAAGACGAUGGUGCCCCCAACGAUUGUCCCUCCUUACGAACAUGCUCGUCUUCAACUCAUUACCAGUAAAGGACUGAUGCUACUUGCUAAUGAGCUGGCACCGGUAAACCCUGCUCCAGAAAUAUCCUUCGAGAACGUGUCGGAUGUCCGCGAUCUCGAUAUCUUAUGCCACCUCGCUGUCCGUUCGUCGGGAUGUCCGAACACGUUUUUAUCGAUCAUGGGCACCGAACAUCUUCACAUUUUAUCCUCGUCGAACCCUGCUUUCCUCCAUGCGACCAUGCCUCGAGAGCAUACCGUGUGUCAGCACACAAUCAUGACUCCAAAGCCGUUUAUCAUUUCACACCCAGAAGCUGACGUUCGCUUUCAUGAACUUGGGGCUAUUAAGGCUCUGUCUACGCGGUGUUACAUGGGGUUCCCACUAACUAUAUCAAUGAUCGAUCACUCCACCGACAUGGAGACAGAAAUGCCCGUGGGGACAUUGUGUUGUGUUACUCCAAAAGCCCGGUCUGAGCUGUCACGUUCGCAGUACGUUACGUUGAGACGUAUCGCGGAGACAGCUUCCAGAUUAAUUCAACUUAAAAGUCGACAGCUUCAACAGCAACAGAUUCUGGGGUUGUUGGGCUAG